GCAUUAUCAAAUGUUCUUGAGAACAAGCCGGUGGUAAGGCUGUAGCAUCCCAGCUAGCUACCCAGCUAGCUGGUUUUUUUUAUUGAUAUCGAACUCGUUUUCAUAAUGUACGUGUAGAUUAUGAUGAAAGCUUGAAAUGGCACAGAAAGAAACACUGUUACAUCUUUUCGCUGGAGGGUGUGGCGGUACGGUGGGGGCCAUCGUCACCUGCCCCCUGGAGGUAGUGAAGACGCGGCUGCAGUCGUCCGGGAUCUCGCUCCGGUCCGUGUUCCAGGUCCAGCUGGGCACGUUCAGCGGCACCGGCGUGAUCCGGCCCGGAUCCGUAACGCCCGGUCUGCUCCAGGUCUUACGGUCAAUAUUGGAAAAAGAGGGACCAAAAUCACUUUUCAGAGGACUGGGGCCAAAUCUGGUUGGAGUGGCUCCCUCCAGGGCGAUUUAUUUUGCCGCGUACUCAAAGGCGAAGGAGACUUUCAACGGCGUCUUUGUACCCAACAGCGGGCUGGUGCACAUGUCUUCGGCUGGGUUUGCAGCUUUUGUUACAAACUCCUUGAUGAACCCCAUCUGGAUGGUGAAGACCCGGAUGCAGCUAGAAAGAAAGGCGCGAGGAGAGAAGAGGAUGAACGCGCUGCAGUGCGCGCGCUACGUUUACAGGACCGAGGGCGCUCGCGGCUUCUACCGCGGCCUGACGGCCUCGUACGCCGGCAUCUCCGAGACCAUGAUCUGCUUCCUCAUCUACGAGAGCCUGAAGAAGCGCCUGGCGGAAAGCCGCUACGCCAAGCCCGGCGGCGAGGCUGACAGGGGGGCGUCGGACUUCCUCUGGCUCAUGAUGGCCGCCGCCUUCGCCAAAGGCUGCGCCUCCUGCAUAGCCUACCCUCACGAGGUGAUCCGGACCAGACUCAGAGAAGAGGGCAGCAAAUACCGGUACUUCUUCCAGACGGCGCGGCUGGUGGCGGUGGAGGAGGGCUACGCUGCUUUUUACAGAGGACUGGUCCCGCAGCUCAUCCGACAGAUCCCCAACACGGCCAUCGUGCUGUCCACCUACGAGCUGAUCGUGUACCUGCUGGGCGAGCGCGCUCAGUGAGGCGCCCGCGGGAGCCAGGCGGACCGGGAGCACCACCAAGUGCACUGUGGGAAAGGGGGCGGGGAGACAAAAGUGCUGUCGAGGACAGUAAGCACUCUGUUUUCUGGAGGAGAAAAAAAAAUAAUAAUGCAGGAAUCAUUUUCCUUGAAGAAUGGGAAGCAGGUUUUUAGUUUGAUCCAAAGACAUUUUAGGCCUGCCUUUUAUUUAAAGUGAUGCACAUUCAUGAGAGAUUAUUUUUCUCUGCUUGUUUUUGCGGUUAUCUCAGUUACAGCCUAAUUUAUAUUUAAACAUUUUUGAAAGAGAUCUUAGGUGAAACAGCGCAUUAAAGUGCAGUAAAUCAACAUGUAGAAAGUGGUGCAUUUGAACAAACUGUACUGUAAAUUUAUCUGAAACUAAAUUAUUGUUAUUAUUGUUAUCGUUUUAUUAUUAGUUUUUCUUCAUUAUGUUUUUCUUAUGUUUUAACCUGUGAUAAUUAUCCAAAGAUAAUUGAUCAAACAUUUUGGUGAGUAGGUAAUGAUCUUGUAUGAAAGCAUAUCCAAAAUGCACGAGAAAGAGAACUGUUUGUGGCAAAUGUAGAAUCUAUUUUUUCUUUUUAGAUGAGCUUACUCUGACUGCACCAUGUUUUGGGUUCUGAGUUUAUCUUCACACUCUGUAGUCAAAUCGAUCUGCCCACUUUGACACCUCAUUUUUCUUAGGUUUGUCAUUGUUUAUUUGCAGAAUUCCUUUUGUUUGGGAUAGAAAUACUUGUCUUUUACAAGAAAGAGGACCUAAAUGCAUAUUUAAACAGCAGUUUAAUAAAAUGCAUUCCUAAAUUUA